AUGUUAUAUCUUGAAGAUUAUCUGGAAAUGAUAGAACAUCUACCUCAAGAAUUAAGAGAUAGGUUUACAGAAAUGCGAGAAAUGGAUUUAUCCGUACAAAAUAACAUGGACACAUUAGAAAAACGUGUUCGCACACUUUUUGGUAGUUGCCGCCGAGGUGAAGUUAAUACUGAUCAAGCAAACACAGAAUUUUCUGAUAUUAAACGGGGUUAUAACAAAACACUUGAAGAGGCAGAUGAAAAAGUCACAUUAGCAAACCAGAUGUAUGACUUGGUGGAUAGAUAUUUACGGAGACUGGAUACUGAACUUCAUAAAUUCAAGUGUGAACUGGAAGCAGAUAAUAAAGGAAUAACGGAAUUACUUGAAAAAAGAUCCUUGGAUCUUGAUACAAAUAUAAAUCAUACGUCCACAUCUAACAAUAAUCAUUACAAGGAUAACAAAUAUCGUAUUCGUGCUGAGAAAAGACGAGAAGCAAAUUGGGCUCCCCGUGAUGCUAGAGCUCAUACUAGCAACGGAAACCAUUCACGUACUGACACAGCUUUACAGGCAGCAUUGGGUCGUGAUUCAUAUUCUCUUGGUCAUGCUGGUAGUACUAUAGCAGCAGCGGCAAGUCAGGCUAUUGCUGCUACACAACAGAUGCAACAAGGUCGUCGCACCGCUUCUUUGAAGGCGUCAUACGAGGCUGUCGCUAGUGAACUAGCGCAUCACGCACAUCAUGAUCACGGUCAAGCGUUAGCUUCACACUCUCAAAGCGCUUCUCACGCACACUCCACUACAACGGCUGUGGCUAACAAGCGGCAUAACAAGCAAAAGAAGAAUUCCUACAGUUCUAGCAACGUGUCUCUUCACACUCAACCAACGGCUGCAGUCGCAAGUCGAUCAUCAUCGCCAACUGUUGGUAUAAACACUGUUGUCAACAAUGUUGCUAUCGAAGAGCCCAUGGAAGAAGAAUGGACAUACGAUCCGAAUGAACCACGAUAUUGUAUCUGCAACCAAGUGUCGUACGGCGAUAUGGUUGCCUGUGACAACCAAGACUGUCCCUACGAGUGGUUCCACUAUCCCUGCGUUGGUAUCACAGCUCCUCCUAAGGGUAAAUGGUACUGUCCGCAAUGUCAGACCAAUAUGAGAAGAAAUCGUGCUCAUCGCAAGAACUAA